AUGUUAAUAAAUAGUUGGAAUAAUAUUCUUUUUAUUCCCCGUUUAACUGGUAGACAGUCUCGAGAAAAAUUUGGAGACAAACCUAAGGAUAUCGGAGGAUUUGAUCAUCCAUGGGUAUUUGCAGUUUUGAAAGGUUGUCAGGUUUCACCAUUGUCACCACUUCAAAAUGUAUGUUUUUAUUUUGAAAAUGAAAGGAAUACUGUUUAUCGUGGAGAUCAAAAUGGAAAUUUAUCUAUUUGGCACUUGCCAAAACAAUGUGAUCCUUUAAUUGAAGAAUAUUUAAGAACAAAAAGACCUGUUUUAUAUGAGGCAAAUGCAAGCCAAAGUAUGCAAUCUUUAUGGAAUUUGAUGUCGAACAAUACACCACCUUCAAUAAGUGAAGUUGAAGAAGGAAAACAAAUAACAUCUUCUUUGUAUAUUCAUCACCAAGGAAAUUUAGUUUUAGGAAGAGAAGAUGGAUCAAUUGUUUUACGAUAUUCAAUACAUGCACUUAUGAGACAGCUAUUGGAUUUUAAUACGCCAGAAUCCAGAAAAACAAGGAUACUACAUGGACAUUAUACUGCAGUUACUGCAUUAUUAUAUCCUCAUGAUGAAUGUUCUCGAUAUGACACAUCAAUUUUGGUUUCUGGAGGAAAUGAUUUUUCAGUUAUAGUUUGGAAUAUAUAUACUGGAACCAAAGUACAUAGAUUUAAUGUUCAAGGUGGACCAAUAUUAAAGUUAAUGAUAACACCAAACAAUGCUACUAAAAAAGUUCAAAAUUGUAUUUGUUCUAUAGCAAAGGAUAAUUCAGUUGCAUUAUUAUCUUUAAAAGAUAAUUCAUGUCUUGUAUUGGCUUCUAGACAAUUGACACCUAUUGUUGAUGUUAAAUUUCGUCCAUUGGAUGAUUUUAUGUUAGUAAAAUGCGAAGAUACUUCAAUAUUUGUUUGGCAAAUGGAAACAGGCAAUCUUGAAAGAAUUAUAACUGGACUGUAUGUUGAUGAAAUUAUGGAUGCUUGUGAUGAACAAAUUGGUUUAUACGAUGUUAAUGAUAGUGCUGGAGCAGCUCAAGCUGUUCAAUUAUUAAGAGCUAUUAAAAAUAAAAAUUUAAACGUCGUAAAGAAAUUUGUGACUCAAAAUGAGAGAGAAUCUGAUGAUCAUGAUUUGGAAGAAAUUAAUGUACCACCACCAAUAAAAAUUCAACAAUUAAAAAAAAUUUCAAAUGAUGCUUAUAUGAUAAUAAUAGAUUUACAAUCUUUAAUAAUGGGAUUAUUAGCAAUGGAUAAAGAAUUUAAUAAAACAAAGAAAAAAGAAAAUACCAAUGAGUCAACAGAAAUAACUCCUAUUCAAAAACGUAUAUCAUUGGGAAGUAAUAAGGGAUCAGGAACGAAUAAAAAAUUUGAUACUUCUCUGGAAAAUUUCAAUGUUUACAUUGAUACUGCGAAUCUUCUAAUAUCAUUAUUACAUGCAUGGAAUGUUGAUUUAGAUCUUGAUGAAAAGAUAAUUUCUACUUUAAAUUUGCACAAACCAAAAUAUCCAAUUAAUUAUGGUAUUAUUUCCAGAAAUCAUAGUUUUGUGUCUCUUUAUUUACCUAUGGCAGGACCAAAAGUUUUAAAAAGUCAACCAAUACCUGCUGAGUUGAUGUCAUUCACAACUUUUUCAAAACAAGUUCAUUGGCAUCUUAGUUCUAGUAUUACUACAUUACACUUAUUGUCAAUUAUUGCAAUUUCAAAUACAAUAAUGUCAAUGAAAGAUUCAACUUUAAAACAUGCAUCAGCUCCCAUUUUGACAAGACGUCGUGGGUCAGUAAUAUGUCAAUUACCUAGCAACAAAACUUCAGAAUUAGUGAAUGAUACUGAAAUCAGAAAUAAAAAACAAGUAUGGUCAUUAAUUUUAUCACUUCAUUGUGUCUCUUUAUAUGAUAUGAUUGAACAUAAAAAAGAUUUUUGUCAUCCAAGGAUUGAGUUAUUAGCCAGAAAAUGGCAAGAUAGUUGCAUUGAAAUCCGUGAAGCUGCACAAACAUUAUUGAUAAGAGAAUUAAAACAACUUAAAACAAAAGGAAGAGAAGAAUUAAUAACUGCAUGGUCAUUAUUUUUACCAUCUAAUGUGGAUAAAAAAAAUAGUAUUUUUAGUUUAUCACGAAAUUGUUCAACUUCAAUGUCUGGAUCUAUUGGUACUUUUGUGUCAAGUAAACCUUUGGCUACAGAAAUGAUUGUACCACCUACUAGUAGAGUUCCACCAGUUCGACCACCACCUCCAAUUCCACCUCGUCCCAAUAUAAGUGCAAAAAAUAAUGUUAAUGAUACAGAAUCAAUUUUAAAAGAACGAAAUAUUACAUUACCUUCAAUAAAGACAUGUGAAGGAUUACAACAAUUCUAUAAAAAUCAAGCAUCAGCCAUUGUAAUUUUAGGUGUUAUUGGAGCUCAUUUUUCAACAGAUUUAUCUUUUCAUCCUGAUUUAGCUCGUGCAGCUAGUCAUUCACUGUUAGAACUUUUAAUAGCUUCACCUUCUCCUUUAUUGCCUAUUGAGACACCUUUACGUCGAGCAGCUAUUGAUUUAUUAGGUAAAGGAUUCACUGUUUGGCAACCACAUUUAGAUAUUUCAAAAGUUUUGCUAGGACUACUUGAAUUAGCUUCUAGUGGUGAAAACACAGAAGAUACUAUACCUGGUUCUCCAACAUUUCCUUUAACUCCUGCUGCUGAUGCUUGCAGAACAGCUAAGCAUGCUUUAUCUUUAAUUGCUUCAGUUAGGCCCCAUGCACUUAUUUUAGCUUUAUCUACUGAAGUUGCCAGAUUCAAUUCUGCAACUCAACAUCAAACAAUUCAACAAUCUUUUGUAUCACCUUUAGUUAAAGCUAAUGUUGAAAUUUUAAGAAUCAUUGAACAAUUAACUGAAAAACAGUAUAAUGAUAUUAUUGACCUUAUUAUUCCUGUUGGUGAUAUACUUGUUCAUUGUCUAGAACCACCUAUUUUAAAAACAACACCAUUAGUAAAAUUAUUUCCACCAAUAGCUAAAUUUCAUAUGGUUGCUUAUUGUGCUCAGUCUCGUCGGAUAGGUUUUGGAGGUAAAAAUGGAAAAAUAGUCAUUCAUGAUUUAAAAACUUCCAAAACAUUAAGUAUUCAGGCUCAUAAUCAACCUAUAACAGCAAUUGAUUUUUCACCAGAUGGCAAAGUUUUAGCUGUCUAUUGUGCUACAGAAGCUAAAAUUUCUCUUUGGCAAUCUCAACAAUCCUUUUUAGGAAUGGGACCAGGACAAGUUAAAUGUAUUAAAUCAAUGAAUGCUCCAGCAGAAUUCCCUAUUCAAAAUCCUGGAGAAACGCUUCAAAUUUUUAAAGCUAAAUUAGUUUUUAAUGGAUCUAAAGCAUUAACAUUAGUUUUACCUAAUGGUAAAGAAAGCCGUUUCACUUUAACUUAA